AAACAAACACUCAAUCAAUCAAACAAAGGAAUCUAGCUUCUUCACCUUGCACAACUCUUGCUAACCCACCAGAACAGGACGCAAGAAUCCAAAACACACCCAGCCCGUCCUCCCAUCGCCCAAGCAACUGCCCGAGCAGAACCCGAUGGCCGGCGCGUCGGCGACCACUACUAUCCCCUGCGUCACGCUCAACACGGGCCACGCGAUGCCCGUGCUGGGCUUCGGGACCGGCUCCAACAGCACGCCGGCGGACCUGUCGGCCAUCAUCGUCGACGCCGUCCGCCUCGGCUACCGCCACAUCGACACGGCCUCGCUCUACGGCACGGAGGGCGCGGUCGGCGCCGCCGUGGCCGCCGCCGUCCGCGCCGGGGCCGUCGCCUCGCGAGGGGACCUCUUCGUCACGUCCAAGCUCGGCGUCGCCGACGCGCACCCGGACCGCGUGCUCCCCGCGCUCCGCGAGUCGCUGGCCCGCCUCGGCCUCGGCUACCUCGACCUCUUCCUCAUCCACUGGCCCGUCGCCGCCGGCGAGAACAGGAAGCUCGUGCCCUUCGACAUGGAGGGCGUCUGGCGCGCCAUGGAGGAGUGCCACCGCCUGGGCCUCGCGAGGUCCGUCGGCGUCAGCAACUUCUCGUCCGAAAAGAUGUGCAGGCUGCUCUCCUUCGCCGCCGUUCCGCCGGCCGUGAACCAGGUGGAGUUGAACGUCGCCUGGCGCCAGGAGAAGCUAAGGGAGGUCUGCGCCAGGAACGGCGUCGUCGUCACAGCCUUCUCGCCGCUCGGCGCGUUCGGCGCGGCUUGGGGAUCCAACGCCGUCAUGGAGAGCGGCGCCCUGCGCGAUGUCGCCGCCAGGAGAGGCAAGACGGUUGCUCAGGUGGCGCUGAGGUGGCUGCACGAACAGGGGUUGUCCUUCGUGGUGAGGAGCUUCAACAUGGAGAGACUAAAGCAGAACAUGGAGCUUUUCGACUGGGAGUUGAGCGAGGACGACAAGGAGCUGAUCAUGCAAAUUCCACAGCGGAGAGCAUGCCGUGGGGAAUUCUUUUUGUCACCAGACGGGCAAUACAAGUCUCUGGAGGAGCUGUGGGAUGGAGAGAUAUGAGAAGUCAUGUUCCCAGAUAAGAAAUCCCGUAGCUUCUUUAGUAAAAGUGAACUUCGGAAACGAAUAUGUUGUCUCUUGUGCUUAUUGGUUUUAUUUAAGUUUUUAUUGACCUAUAGCUUAUUUUGUCCCGACCUAUAUUUCCGUGUUGUUUCUCUUUGUAAGUUCACCUCUGUAUUUCGUUAGGAACAUACUUUGUCGGAAGUUCAAACCAUGCAUCAGAAGUUCCUAUUGAGUUGAAUGCA